CCGAAAUGAAUAGACAAAGCUUGGGUCUAUAUGAAGCAAGUUAAAUCAAAUAAGUUGUCGCAAUUAAGGUGGCGAUGUGUAAGAAUCGAAUCGGAACGGUGUGUAUCGCAUGGACUCGGCCGUCGAAAGAAUGUACCAGUGUGACCAAACUCCCCCCAACUCAACAAAGCCUGCACGAAUCUAAUCAGCAGAUGAACGCAACCUCAUCCAGUGUGUGCGAUUGAGGAGGAUAGGAAGAAAGGAGAGGAGAAGCAAGUCAAAGGCCAGCCCGUGAUAGGGAGAGGGCCUGUCAUUCGAAACCGCGACCCUCAUAGCACCAGUGAGUGGUCAAUUGGAAAUCAAGUUGAAUGGGCCUUCGUUCCUCGACCCUCGGGAGCAUGGACCGACAGCGAGCACCUCCUGAGCAGCCAAACGUGCGGAUAAAGAAAGAGGAGAUGGUCCUACAGUUGGUGUUUCGAAAACCGACGGAAACCCUUCAUGCGACGACCGCACCUGUUUGUCCCCCACCGUUUUCUCACUUCCCAAAUCCACGCAGAGUAUGUGUUGCACGACCGUUCGACGGCUGGCAGGCUACAAACGUGGUCGGUCUAUUUUUCCGCGCGUCCACGCUGCACUCGUUCGUCUCGUGGGAAGCUCGUCUCCAAAGGCGCAGCGUGGGGACAGCUCUCGAAGCCGUGGGCGAGGGGAUCGGUUUGUUGUUUCAGACGAGCCACUUUAUCACAACGGGAUACUUACAGAGCCUCGCUCAUGGGCGAUCAAGCAACGAUGAAGCGCAGGCUUGGGGCUGUGGAUGGACGAAGGUUGGUCGAUUCGAUGCUGGCCGUCGUCUGCAGCCGUGAGAAAAGAAUGGAAUGAAGCUGUCGUGUGCAGACACAAG